AUGACAUCUUUCACCGCUACCGACUACUUCUCCCAUGCCCAGCUUACUCCCAUUCCACCAGAGGAGAAGCCAACCUUCAGCAACCUCAAGAUCAUCCACCAAGAGAUCAAUGCCAAUGCCAUGGCCGUCACAUCACGCCUCGGAGGAGGCCACUAUGGACAUCUCGCCCUCACCAUUCCUACCGCCACAUUCAAUGCAUUGGAGAACACCAUCGCUUGGGUCGAACCGGUCCACCCCGGACCUAACCCAGUCCAUGGAGCAACCGCCACAGCAGCUCAAAUCACCGAAACCAACAGGCUUUAUGCUCAAAACAUGGAGCAAUUCAUCAUUUGCAAGGCCGUCGGUACAGCCCUCAAAAAACAGCUCCUAGAAGCCAUCCCUGACACGUUCACCAACACCCUCAAGAAUGAUCUCUUCGGCUAUGCCAAUGUCAGCGUGCUCACACUCCUCGAACACCUAGACACAACUUAUGGAAAAGUAGACCGCGUCGACCUCAAGGACAACAUCGAUCGCAUGAAUGCCAAAUGGAGUCCUACACAACCCAUCGAAGACUUAUUCACGCAGAUCGAAUCUGCCAAACAGUUUGCCAAAGAUCAUGAUCCCAUCACCGAAAUGACAACCAUCAUCGCAGCAACUACCAACCUUACCAACAGUGGCGUCUUCACACAAGCCAUCCGUGAAUGGGACAACAAGGAAGACACCGACCAUACAUGGAAGAAGCUAGAGCUCCAUUUCAAGAAAGCAGACAAAGAACGUCGUCGUACCCUCACAGCAGCCGAAGUCGGAUACGCCAACGCCGCAACCGACAAAGCCAAAGCUGGCAACACCCCAGUUCCAAUGUGGUAUUGCUGGUCGCACGGCCUUGGACCCAACAUGACGCACACCAGCUACAAUUGCACCAAACCAGUCACCGGUCACCGCAAAGAAGCAACCGCUGACAACAUGAUGGGCGGAUGUUGCAUCAUCAAACGUCGCAACGGCGAACGUGCCAUUUACAGGCGCCCCAAUCGCAAUCCCCCCAGAGAUGAGAACACUCCUCCAAAUGACCAAACCACAGGCGGCCGCUGA